AUGCACAGUUACUCUGCCAUCAUCCUGAGACCUAGCUGUGCUACUGGAUGGUUUUACUACAAGUCCUGGUGCUGGGGAUACUUCCAGAAGCUGAGGAACUGGUCUGAUGCUGAGCUUGAGUGUCAGUUGUAUGGAAAUGGAGCCCACCUGGCAUCUAUCCUGAAUUUAAAGGAAGCCAACACCAUAGCAAUGUACAUAGGUGGCUAUCGAAGAAACAAGCCCGUAUGGAUCUGCCUGCAUGACCUGCAGAAGAGGCAACAGUGGAAGUGGCUGGAUGGUGCCACGUAUAUUUACAGAACUAUGUUUGGCAAGUCCGUGGGUGGCAACAAGUACUAUGCUGAGAUGAACGCCAAGAACAAUUUUUUGACUUGGAACAGCAAAGCAUGCAGCAAGCUCCAACACUUCCUAUGGAAGUACCGACCAUAG